UAUAAUCCAGACAUUUUAGUCUUCAUCUGGGUUUGGGACCAGCUCCAUCUUAGUUGAAAGGCAACAUCGGGUACCACUAAAAAACCUACAAAAGAAGGUCCAGACACAAACAUACCUCCUUGAGCGUACAUAACUGGCAUCCUGUCUCUGAACUCGUCCUCUCCGCUCCCGAUCCCAGUCUCUGUCGCUGCUUGAAGAGUACGUCGGUGAUCUUCUGUGUCGGUGUCUGCGCCAUCGAUCCCUUUCUUUCUCUCUGUAACGAUCAUGAUAGCUGCUGCCGCUGUCUCUCUCAGAGGACGUGUACCGUCUGGUGUGAGGCAUCUGGCAGGUAUUUGGAAUGACAAACAUGUUAAGGGAUGGGCCCACUUAACUCAACACUUUGAAACCACAGUACUUUCAAGUACAAAUAAAGCAAUUGAUUUGCAAGUCAGAUUUUCCUUUGUUGUAAAUGCAAAAAUAAUUAGUUGUUUUCCAUCUUCUUUUCUUAGGUCCAACUUUUUAGCAAGCCUAUUAGAUCAAGAAAUGCCAGCAUGCAGAAUGUGAAAAGCUUAUAAAUAGACGACAUAAAUGCUCAAGCUGGAUCGCCCACGCACAGUGAGAUCUGGAACUGAAAGCCCAACAUACUAGAGCUAAACACAGUUGCAAAGAAAGUUGGGCGUGCAUGCUGAUUUAAGCUUAAUUCAUGCGACGAAACGAUAUACACGGGACAAAAACAUUGCAAACAAUUUCUCCGUACAUUUUAACUAAACACCGCCGCUGUUAAUUGCCUUGGACAUUCAUAUAAUAGUCAUUUAUUAAGCAAAUAUGAAAAUUGGUAAGCCAGUGAAUGUAUUUAUGAGCAAAUCAGCGAGCAGCAUUCGCCAAUGUAAAUAAUUUGACCGCCAUCUUAGCAGCUAUGCUCGAGCACUUUAGCAUUCGUGCUAACCAUUUGGACUAGACGUUUUUUUUUAACCACACCUUUCACUUCGAGUUCAACUCCUACCGUUUUAGCAGCGAGCCCAGUACGUUUAUCCCACAAGAAGUCCGUGGUGGAGGCGUUCUUGUCACAUGUAUAGUUUCAGUAGUUCGGUAUUCCGUUGCUAGCAAAUAGCUUUAUGCUCUGUGAGUACAGCUAGUUCUAGCUGCGAAUAGUGGAGCAAAUGCUUAGUUCCAUGAAACUGGGAAAACUGGCUAACCCAACUACUCGCAGCAACAGAAAAAAUAAUUGACACGUCGAAAAAACGUUGCAUUUUCCAACUUCCAAGGAGAAUUGAAAGCAUCUUCGGACCGGAACCGGAUGUGCGACAUGUGUUUUUGUAUGUUCGAAGUUGAAACGGAGCUGAUUCUACACUUGCGAAGGUGUUUAUUGCAUUUAAGCAGCACUGCGCCGAGCGGGGUUCUUCGCUGUUUAGCAUGCUGUAGUUUUAAAAACAAUCACUAUUGUUUGCAACAUGAAUCCAUCCAACCCAUUUGGAAGCCCACAAGGUUUCCAAGCGACGAGCAACACUAACGCUAGUUUAUUCCAGCCAUUUGGGCAGCAAAGCCCCAACAGGCUGCCUCAGAAUGUGGGUGGUUUUCAAUCAUCAGCGUUUGGCCUACCGACGGCAUCAAAAUUGCCUGGGAACACCAUGUUUGGACAGGGUCCUUCAUUUGGGCAGCAAACAUCACAAACCUCAUCGCUUCCGAGUCACACUCCAGCUUUCGGGCAGCUAACAGUGGGAGGAAGCAACUCUGGCUUCGCUAGUACUUUUGGCGGAUCUAGCCAGACUUCUGCUUUUGGGCAGACACCCGCCUUUGGACAGCAGCAGACUGCUUUUGGUCAGGACUCAAGUUUUGGACAGCUGUCUUCAGGCUUUGGGCAAAAGCUCCCAAGCUUCGGACAGCAGGCGCCAGGAUUUGGAAACGCUCAGUCGACUUCUGGAGCCACGACUUCCUUAGGGCAACCUCAGCAGAUAGGUUUUGGACAGUCUGUAUUUGGAAAACCAGCGACUACCACUGUUGCUGGCAGUAUUUUUGGCGCAACUCCGACCCAGAGUAGAGGAUUUGGAUCUGAAUUCACUUUCAAGCCGGCCAGUGAAGUUCUUUUCAAGCCCAUUUACAGUGGCAGUCCUGAGCCAGUUCACUCACAAACCAUGUCCUUGUCCAGCUUACCUUUCAGCAGCGCCACUGAAAAGACAAGUUCAAGCACUACUAGCAGCAGCACCAUCACUGGAUUCUCAGGGGCAAAAUCUGGGUCGCUGGGCUUCAGUUUCUCUCCAUCCGUUCCAGUCCAAAACAACCCACUAACUACAGCCAGCAAUAGCGGCCCUACCAGCGCUUUGCAGUUCACAUUUUCCCAGCCUGGUGCACCCUCUACUUCUAACACCAAUGCACCCGUCACCCAGCCUAAAACACCAUCCACUUUCAGCUUUUCAAGCAAAACCUUCCAACCUCAGACAGCACCGCUUUUUGGAGGAACCGGCAUAGUUCAACCGUCCGCUUUCUCAGACAAUAAAUCUAAAGUUGAGUCCACUUCGGACGAUAAAACGACGCAGGAGGGUGACGCGAAUAUAUUUUCGCAAUUUCGAAAAGGUGUGAAACGUAAAGAAGAGCCUACAACAAGUGCAUCCCAUGCCAUUCCGGAAGCUGUUCAAGAGGAGGAGGAAACAACAGAAAGGUCUACGCCAAGGCAGCCCCAAAAGAGGGCUUUGAUGAGGACUCGUCCUCCUGCAGGGUUAUUCAGCAGAGCGCUAAGUGGACUGCGAAAAGCGUCAACUCCCCCAAUUAGGAAAGAGGCAAAGGAGCCUCUGCAACAGAAACAACAGCUAAAGGAGCUGAAGAGCGAGCAUCCCCAAGUGCAGCAUGAACGCAUAACUGCUGGCGCGCAAACCCAAAACACUGAGGUCUUGGAAAAAGCCGAAGAGUCAGAUUCACUACACCUCCAAGAACUGAUGGCUGAAACCAAGACGCCAAAGAGAACUGCCAGACGAAGUGAGAGCUCGGACAGCCUCAGUGGGACGUCUCCUACUGAUUGCACCGUCAUUCAGUGCAGGAAUAUGCCCCCGGCACUCAACAAAAGAGACAUCAUUGUGAAGCAUUUUUCUCGCUUUGGCAAAGUCUGCAAGGUUUUCUGCCGACCUGCAAGGAAGACGGCAAUCGUGCACUUUGACAAUCACGCAUCUGCAGCCAAGGCAAAGAAGAGAGGGAAACACUUGCAUCAGCAUGAACUCCUCCUCUUGUGGCAGAAAAAGAAGCAAAGUCCAGGGGACAAAACUGGCAGACCUGUGGCAAGAAAAAAGGAGGAUGAGAGUAAAAUCCAGGAUGAUUCAAAAAUCAAGGUUUCAUCUCCUUUAAUACGGCCCUUACCUGGCAGCAACUUCAGUCAUAGCUCACCAGUGAAAAAGACACCAAUUUGCAAGUCUCUCCAGUUUGAAUCCGAACUUCAGAAAGAGAAUGUCACAAUGACUCCGAGCUCUGAGUGCCUCGCCCCCCUCAUUGGUAUCGUGGCUGAGACAUCUGAGGACAAGUAUCGCCUCUUAGAGCAGAGGGACAAAAUUCUGCGGCAAAGUCGACCCAAAAGUACGGACAUUGACCUCUCUAAGGUGUUUGUGGGGACAUGUCCUGACAUGUGUCCGGAAAAGGAGCGAUACAUGAGGGAAACAAGACAGCAGCUCAGUGUAUAUGAAACCUUACCAAACACUGAGAUGGUGGAUCAUUCAGCAGCCGUCAAAGAGUACAGUCGUUCGUCAGCUGACCAGGAAGAACCCCUUCCUCAUGAGUUACGGCCGUUGCCAGUCCUCAGCAUGACCAUGGACUAUCUGGUCACUCAGAUUAUGGACCAGGGUCAUGAAAACCUGCGAGAUUGGUAUGAUUUUGUCUGGAACAGGACUCGAGGCAUUCGAAAGGACAUCACCCAGCAGCGUUUGUGCUGCCCGGAAACGGUCUCCCUGAUCGAGAAAUGCACACGCUUCCACUUGCAUUGCGCACACCAUCUCUGCGAAGAACCGAUGUCUGUUUUCGACGUUAAGAUAAACAACGAGAACUUGACGAAGUGCCUGCAGAGCCUGAAAGAAAUGUACGAGGACCUGAAGGGCCGUCAAAUUUACUGUCCCCGUGAGGCCGAAUUCCGCCAGUACAGCGUGCUGCUGAAGCUCAAUGAUGGGGACAUCCUACGUGAAGUCCAACAAUUCCGCGAGGAAGUGCGCAACUCCCCGGAAGUUAAUUUUGCAGUGCAAGCAUUUGCCGCACUGAACAGCAACAACUUUGUGCGUUUCUUCAAGCUGGUUAAUACAGCAUCUUACCUGGCUAGUUGCCUCCUCCACCGAUAUUUCAAUCAGGUGAGAGGGAAGGCAUUAAAAACCUUGAACAUUGCUCACACUGUGGGUCCAAGGUCAACUGCUUUUCCAGUCGAGGACAUUGCUCGGAUGUUGAUGUUCUGCAGUGCUAAGGAAGCAACGGUCUUUAUCCAGCAGUACGGACUCAACGUCAACGAGGGGGCCGUCGAGCUGAAUCGGGUAUUCUAUCAGGAACCGGAGCUGAUAUACCAGAAGAAAUCUGCGAUCAUUCAAGCCAAAAAAACGGCUUUGACCGGGGAAAUUGUGAACGGAGGCCCACUUCCCAAUCCUCCCCAGCAUUAUCCUGUCUGCACCUUUGACUCCCAGAACAAAUAUAGAGGAGAAAACCUUGCAGCGGAUCCAUUUAAAGUCAUUGCUCCCAAAGUGGAGGCGAAGGCGCUUCCAAACAUCCAGUUGCAAACUCAGGUUCUACCAGUCAAGCAUCCUGACGUCCCCAGUGUUUUGGGGCUGAGAUCGUCCGUUCCUGAAAAGACUGAGACGAGCGAUUCCAGCAGUUCGGUCCUUCACGCUGAAUCCCAGCAGCCCAUAUUGCAGCCACCACCCGUCAAAGCGCCAUCACCUGAACCCGAACCUCAGCCUGUCUUCAGUGAUGAGGACAUCAUGGCUGAGGUGGACAGUUUGAUUGACGAAAUGGUGGAGGCGGCCGCAAGGGAGGUUGCGGCAGAUGGAGCCAGUUAUGUCACAGCGGCUCUUGCUGAGACCUCUCUGCAGGCAGAGUCUGUACUAAAUGAGGUUUUGGGAGAAAUGCUGCGAGAAAUGUCAAGUACUGAGAUCCACGUAGAGCAAGAGCGGUUAGCCGAAGAAAAACGCAAGAUUGAGGAAGCAAGGAGGAAAGAGGAACACGAGGCCUUUUUGGUCAAGUUCAAACUGUCUUUGUACACAGAGAUCAUGCGGGAAGUAUUAGAAGAGACUAUGACGGAAACUGCCACCACAGUGUUACAGGAAGCAUUGGAUGAGAGAGCGCGCUACAUUGCUAAAUGUUCUCAAGAAGUCUGCACAGAUAUAAUUGAGGAGACUUUAAAAGCAGACAUUGCAGUUCUCGUUGAAGAAAUCCUUGCCGCUGAGCUGCAACGAGCUCACAAAUACAUUAAAAGGUGGCGUGAUGUGGUUGCGGUGCGCCGACAGCUGAAAAGACAGAUGAGAGGCUUCCCAGCGGCUCCUUGCUUCGUGGACCCACGCUUUAAAUUGAAGGCGCUGGCUCCGAGCGCUCCGGCGCAGCAGUCUUUAGAGGAUCUGACUCGUGGAACGGUAGACCUGGGAAACGGAGGAAGAUUAUCGCUGUCCAGUACAAGGGUCUUGAAAAUGAGAUGUUCAGCAAUCCACCAAAUGAGAGUGCAAUACUACUUUCAGCAGCUUCUGGAGGAGUUAGUGUGGGCACCACUCGACCUGCCAGCACUAGUUGUGGAAAAUCUCCACGAUCCACCUGAUAGAAUCUUCUGGAAAGCUCUUGUCCUGUUACCUAGCGACCAUGAAAGUGUUGCUAGCCUGGCAGACAGGAUUCUGUCAGAUUGGCUAGAAGUGAAGCUUGCUGGCAGCCAGGGUUCAAAGUUCAUGGAGGAACAGCAGGAUGGCACUCUGCAAACCCUGUACUUUUCCAACACAGUCAUGGAGAAUGGACCUCGAACCCAUAAAAUCCAUGUCAGCGUUAAGGUGUCCAGAGGUCCGCUGACUGAAGAUGGCUUAUCUAAAGUUGAGGAAGGCUGCGAGCUGCAAGGAGCGGGAGCGCUGAUCAUGUUACUACCCGCGCUGCCCAUCCCGGAGCCGCAACGAUACGAGCGAGACGUCCCACUGCUGUCGGCUCUGCUCCAGCUUAAGCAGUUGCAGCAAGCCAGUACUUGGCACUGCCCACUUCCUCUGGUCAUUCUAGUGCCGGGCCCUGAGCGCCAUAUCUGCAACACUCAGAAACUCGAAGAAGAACUGAAACUGCCAAUGCUAGUUAAGGAUGGCCUCAUUUCGGAAUAUACGUUUUUGUUCAUACCAGAAACCACAAAUGAUUUGCAGGGAUCCAAACAGCUAAGCUACGCUAUGCGUUGGCUUGUACCCCGGGCGCCCCCGCCCGUCCCUCUAACCUGCCAGACACUGGCCCAGCUCGUCGAGGCCGGCUUGAGUCGUGAGUUCAGCCGCCGAGUUUCAGAUGACCGCCAGGAGCGCCUCGCCGCCGGUCUCUCGCCACAGGAUCCCGCCGCCGUCGUUCAGCUGUACAACGCAGUCAUCGGUCACAUUGCUGACAAAGUGUCGUCGGAGGAACUUUCCAAAAUCUCGUGGCCGCCCGGAGAGUUCUGCAUGCCCGAGACGGGAGAACUUGUUCCACAUUUGAGCUGGAACGCAGGCCCGCACCUGGCCUGGUUGCGGAAAGCUGUCCUCAAUUUGCAGCUGCCGCAGUGGACGCAACUUUCAACUACAGACACCUGGUCUGAGCUGUACUCGGGAAUCUACGGCUACGCCGAUCAGAUCCUAGCGACGCGUGGAAGUCAGCCCCUUUUUAUGUCACGUCUCGAAAAUCUACUCGAACGGGCCAGAUUCAACGCGAACCGCAGGAGAACUUCCCUUUCCGAGCGAAGCUCGUACUUUUUGGGUGAUACCCCCCACGCUAUCUCCUCGGCGUAUAGUCAAAUCCCUUGGGUGGAAAUGCUGGUCAUCUGCAUUGAGCACAAACUGAAAGACUGGCAUCUCCCUGGACCGCCGACCUGCGAAGAUGCUAUCACAGAAGAUGGGGAGAUCCUGGUUUACUAUCUGGACGGGUCAUUGAAGGGCUUCCACCCGCCUGAGGAAUGGAACGAGGCUGUCAGAAUGACCCACAGGGAGAAACAGCGAGAUCAUAAAGGGACAAGUUCAGCAGCCUGCGCAACACCCGACAGCCUGUCGAUCAGGCAGAAGUUGUUUUCAAGCGUGCUGGAACCUGCGGAGGCCCGUGAAGCCCCUCUGGACAUAUCCCAUACCGCCACAGCGUUAGAAGCGCUUACCCACAAGGUGUUCCGGACCUUGGAGGAGGAGAAGGCUGAAAGCUUAAGGAGCACACAACAGCUCCAGCGUUGGCUUGAAGGUGGCGAUUGUUUGGAACAGUGGCCCGCAUCCCUUCUUCUCCCAUCCUCCAUUCUACUCUCCAUGCCUACUCUUCUGAAGCAUGGACCAUCAGAUAAAGCUUUCACAAAGGAAGCUCACCGACUUGAGCCACUGAAGAAAGACAAGCGUUCCCAGAGGAGUCGUUUGUCCUUGACCGAGCGAUUGCGAGAGCUUCAGCAGCAGAUUGGAGCUAGCCAUGAAGAGGAAUUGGCUUGCAAGUUGAAACUGAGUGCAAUGAUGAGCAUUGUUGAAGACUGAAUGAACAAGAUGCUUUUAUUUUUAUAUCUGAAGACUUAUUUUAUUACUAUGUAACGUAUGGCAUGAUUAGCAUUUUUUUUGUGUGUGUAUGAUUUAUUAUCACAAUCGUGUAUUUGACCCUUGUAGUUUUUGAGCAAACAUUAAAUCAAAGGUUUCCAUCUCAGUGUUGGCUGAUUAAUGAACGCAAAGUUUGAUGGAGGAUAGCUAAUAGACGUAGGGGUGCAGUUAUUAUUUAGGCAAUCUAUUGAUUGGUUAGUGCUACAACGAUGAAUCGAUUAAGUAAUUCGAUUAGAAAAAUUCCAAUCAAAUGUUGCUUCGAGUAUUUAUUGAUUUGGGUGGAUACACUGCCCUCUGGUGGCAUGUGAAUGUGCCAUAACUCAUUUAACAUGGCUGAAUUCAGCUGCUCCCUGUCAAGGCCAAUAUAAGAUUUUUUUUUAAUGCAUUUGUAAUUUAGUUCAUAGGUAUAUUUAGCAGUUUGGUGUUUAAACGAUUUGAGCAUUGCAAAAAAAAAAAAUUCAGCAUUUCAAUAUCAUUUAAGAUAGCCAAUAGUUCUCGUUGUACAUACUCAAUUUUUAUAGUUUUAGGCUAAACUCUGGUAUUUUAUUUUUAAAUGAAAGUGCAAGUCUGCAUAGUUUGAAGAAACACUCGGGAAUUGUAUUUU